AUGGUGAAGUCCACGUUGAUCUAUCGAUACGACGCACUCCCUCUUUGCGGGUCUGUGGACGACUCAGUGGACCCGGAGCUCAACGAGCAGAAGAAAAAAUGCAAGAUCAUCAUCAGCAGAGUAACCCCCAACUCCGAGCCGCAGGCCACCAUCGAGUCCGGCCGCUACAACAUCCACUACCUCAUCAGCAGCAACGUCAUCUACCUCACCAUCUGCGAGAAGUCGUACCCGAGAAACUUGGCCUUCCUGUACUUGACCGAAGUCAGCAACGAGUUUGGCCACAUCCACGGGCGCGAGGCGCUCAGCAACUCCGCAAGACCGUUUGGCUUCAGCUCUUUCGACAACUUCUUGAGCAAGACCAAGAAAAUCUACCAGGACCAGCGGGCCCAGCUGAACCUCGACCGCCUCAACACCGACUUGGCAGACGUCAAGAAGGUCAUGACGAAAAACAUCGAGGACCUCUUGUACAGGGGCGAUUCUUUGGACAAGAUGAGCGACUUGUCUCUGAACUUGCGCAAUGACUCGAUCAAGUACAGAAAGAAGGCCCAGCGCAUCAACUUUGAGGCCAUGAUCAAACAGUACGUCCCGAUCGUGGGCGCUGGCUUGUUCGUGGUAUUCUUGAUAUGGUAUGUGUUUCUCCGUCGUUAA